AUGAUGGAGAACAGCAGCAACGAUGCCCAGCCGCACUUGACGGGUCUGCCGCCACUGCCAAAAAGUCUGAGCGCCGCUACGGCGGCUCCUGUGGCCAUUGGCCCCCAUCCCCGCACGGCCUCGCCAGCGUCCAGUGUUUCCGCACUGACAGUAGCCGCCGGCGAACUAUACCUGGGCCCCUCCACCUCCUCGUCGGCGGCGGUGGCGUCCCGAAAUCGCAGCUAUAAUGGACACGGACACAGCCAGCGGCACGGUAGUCUUUCGUCCACGCAGGAGUCGCUCAGUGAUCGGGAGUCUGUGCACAGUCGCGCUUCCAGCACACACAGCGCUGGAGCGGUUCAUACGCCCACUAACAGCUCAAGCAGCACUGGAGCCACCUCGUCCACCAUCGACAACCAGUUGGCCAUUCUGCGACGGGAGAUGUACGGUCUGCGGCAGUUGGAUUUGUCGCUGCUAUCUCAGCUGUGGGCGCUAAACGAGUCGAUACAGGGAUUCCGCGUGUUCCUGCAAGAGCAGGACGCACUGUCGCCGCCCUCGAGGUCUCGCACUCCAUCGGACGCGAAUUCCUUGAGCUCCGACGAAGAGGACGAUGGCUCCUAUGCGCCAGUAGCCUUGCCUAAGAUGACAGAUGCUGCUGGAGCUGGGAGUGCGGGAAAUGUGAACUCCAGGGCCAUGGCAUCGCCGGCAGCCAGCGGGGGACUGCCCACCAAACUGGCCACUGGGUCGACCACUUCCCACGCCUCCACUAGCUCCACUUCAGGAGCCUCCGGCUCCUCAUCCGCAGCCUCCUCGAUGGGCAAGCACCAACAAAUGCAGCAGCAACAACAGCAGCAGCCGCAAUCGGCUAACCACUACCACCAGAGGCCAGCGCCACCACCCGCACCACCAGCUCAGCACAAGGCGCAUCCACAGUUGCCGAGAAUCCUGCAGCAGCGCAUGAGACAGGCACCGCCUCCGCCGCCACCCACAAGGCAAAAGGCGGGCGGCGGUGGUGGAGGCGGUGCGAGCACCAGCAGCAGUAACCACAGCAUCAGCAGCGUCACCCAGCCGCAUCCACAUUCACAUCAACAUCCCCAACAUACCCACCAUUCGCGACCUGUAUGACAAAACCCGUUCUUGGACUAAGCCAAGUUCAAGAACAUAAGCAGAUUCAAAUAGCAGCCGCUGCCAACACUUCGGAAAGGGUCAAUUAGACGACAUUUCUCCAAGAGUCAAUUCAAAUUCAAGUGCAGAAAGAUCCCACACACACUCAACACUCACUCUAUCAACUUUCAACUCAUAAAGCUUGCCAUGGUCCCUCGUUCUUGAUAUUGAAUCUCGAAACAUAUGAACGGUUUAUAAAUGUUUUUUGCAAAACGAUGAAAAUGUCUAUGAAUGUAAGCGUACCACUUUUCACGUUUAAUAUUAAAUAAUAAACACAAGAAAUUUGUAUUCAAUAAUAAUCGCUAAGUAGUAAAGGAUAAGAUCCUUAUAUGCAUCUAUGUAUUACUCAAAUUGUAUAAACAUAAUUCUAAAAUGCUUGAAAUUCCGCAUCGAAUUCAUAGAUCUAGUUCUAUUAUUUGCAUUGACUCUGAAAUGUUUUGUUAGAAUGCAUACUAUCCAACAAAAACGAAAUCAAAUUGUUCCAACUCAUGUAGCACUAACCAAAACUAAACUCUUGGCCUAUACAUAUGAAUAUCUGGAUUGAUUUUAUAGCCCUGUUAAGUAUUAGUUUCGUAAUGGCGAAUCGUUUGGAAAAUUAUAUAAUACGAAAAUGUAUCUGCAUCUCAAAGCAAAAUCUAGCUGAUCUUACUGUUAGUCCAAUAAUCCUAUCAUUAAAAAUACAACAAAAAAACUAGGCAUAUAUAUGUAAAGCUCAAGUAUUGGAGCAAAUCCCCCGAGCAGUUGUACAGUGCGUUUCAGAUCUAUAAGUCAGUUACCUGCACGUUGCACGUUCCGUGAAGCAGAAAAGCAUUUUAAACUAUUUUUGAUUGUAAAUUUUCCCAAUUUGUUCCAAAGUCGCACUCCGCAAUUGGGGCUAACUGUCUUAUAAUUCUGGAAUUGCAUUGCAUAAAAUAUUUAUAUCCUAAACACAUAUACAAUUUUUACCAAGUAACAGUUAAAGCGAAAAUUGAUGAAAACGCAGUAGAUACCAUCGGUAUCUCCCAUAUCACAAGCAUAAAGCGGGAGAUUGCGAAAUGAAAACAGAUUUACAUAUAUUACCUAAUCAAAAAUUAUACAAUUUCCAAUAUUUAUUGUUAGUUUUUAGAUUGUUUUAUUUCUCAAAACAAAUUCCUUAUAAUCUACUAAAAUUAAAUCACCCUAUGAAGUUAAACGAUUGGAAUUAAAAUCCACACGAUCAUAA